CCGACGUAAUCCACAAUUAUAAUAAAAACUCUGAGUUUUAUUUACUUGAAAGCACCGUUUAUCUUUUCCAAAUCAUCGCCAGAGGAACCAGUCCUUCCCCGUCUCCUCAUACAGGCUGAUUGGCGAAGGUUGUAAAACACUAGAUGGAAAUUUACGGAUUUUGAAUCCCGUAACCGACAGACUUAUCGAGGUUUUGCCUGAUAAUAUGAAGAAGAAACUGAAUUUACUAGACUUUUGCGUUUCUCUAGUUUGUAAAUCCUACCAUGUGCAAUGGGUCUUAAAGUCUUAGGGCCGUGAAUAUGACGUAGGUCAUCUUUUUAGUAAAAUCUUGCUUAUUUGGAAUGAUCAAACCAAUCAAUUUUAUCUAUUGGGAAUUGGUAUUAUUCGGGGUGAGUUAUUUUGUUUAAAGUCCGGGGAUGAGAAGUGGACUAUGUUGAAAGACCCCUUGAAAGAUGACAGUCUCAAGAUUGACGAUAUCAUUGUGUAUAAGGGGAACUUUUAUGCUGUCGAUCGAUAUGGAGAGACCAUAAAGUAUGAUUCCUCGUUUAACAAGACCAAUGUAUCUUUCACCAUAAAGUAUGAUUCUAACAAGGUAUCUUCCAGCUUAUUUAACGAGUGGGGUACGAAGAAACGACCGGUGGAAUCAGGUGGGCAGUUAUUUCUGGUGGACCUGUUUUUGGAUACUGAUGAUAAGAGGGAGUUGCGCGGUUCUGGCCCUUCUUGGGACAAUCCCAUGGAAAUUAAAAUACAUCGGCUUGAUGAAGAACAACAUGAGUGGAUUGCGGUGCAUACAUUGGAUGAUCGAAUUUUCUUCGCGGGUGAUGACUGUUGUUUCUCUGUUUCUUCAUUAGAUUUUGGUGAUCAGUGCAGAGGAAACUGCAUUUACUAUGAGAAUGGAGAUAUAAUUGUGGACAUCCUAGGGGAGUUACCGUGGAAGUACUAUGAUGACGACUUUGAAGAUGAUUUUUACUGUGGUGGUUACAGUUUUAGAGAUGAUGAUGAUGAUUAUGGUCCAAUUUCUAUUGAUGGUGGUGUAAAACUUAGCAGCAGUGAUGGCAAGAUUGACAAGAAUGACCUUGGUAGCAAAUCAUCUGGUGGUCUUAGCGAGGAACUGAAACUUAGAUAUAGAGGAUUACAUGGUCAUCACACGGGUAUCUUUACUUUACAAGAUGGUAAACUUGGUUCAUUGUCAUCCUUCCUUGAGUGUGCAGAUAUAUUCUGGCCACCGCCAUCUUGGCUUAAUACUGAGGAUCAUGCAGCUUCUUCAGACGCGCACAACUGAGUUUUCCCGUCAGUUAUUGCCCCUUUAUUUAAGCUUUUGCUACUAUGGUAUACUGGCUAAUGACCGGAAGAUUUAGGAACUUUGUUUCUGAAACUCAAUGCCUUUCUUUUAUUCACAUGCCCUUUUUAGUUUACUCUUUGGCACAAAUCUAUUUCAUAUUUAUUAGUUUUCUUGGUAUUAAGUAGAUUAUCCUUUGGGAAAACUUACUUGCAUUGUAAUUUAGUUCUAAAGAAGUAUCCUGGUGCAAGUGUAGCAUUGCAUCCACUCAUUUGUAAAACAAGUGGUAUUGCCUUCGAAAAUAUGAAAAUUUACUUGCUUUGUUAC